AUAUUCAUUCAGUCACUGUACAACAAUUCAUUCCUGUUUUAGUAUUUGUAGUGUAAACACUUAAAAAUUUGUUUGCCAAUAUUUUAAAUCUAUCGGAGCUUUAGCAGUUCCAGGCAACAAGUGCGAACACACAAAGCACAAAAUUAGAAGAGUAUAAUAAAUUAUUCCGUUUUUUGUUUUGAACCGUUUAACCUUUUUCCGUAAGCCCUCGCAAUGUGUUGUUAUCCAGGUGGCUGCUGCGGUUCGCCCGCCUCGAUUCAGUGCACAAAUUUCUGUUUUAAUUGUUGGACAGGAUGUGCAGCGAGCCCAUGUUGCCGCACAAGCUGUUCCCCUUGCUGUCCGCCAUAUCGCGGCUGUUGCGGCGGACCUCGAUGUGGAUCAUGCUAAACUAACAAAAAGUGACUGGCUUAGAAAGAAACUAAGGUUUGACGAGUCUGACAAUGACUUUAUUAUAAUAAUAUUCAAUAAAAAAAAUGCCUCAAUAUUAAAAAAAAAAAUAAACCAGCUUAAAUAAAGAAUGCGUACUUUUAAA